AUGACAGGUAACAAGUCCCCUGAUCUGGUUCCAAACAAAUUCAAAUACAUGAUAAAGGAUCUACAGCGCUUGUCGGAGUACUUUGGCGUUCCCAUGCAAGAGCCAUCUGACCCCUUUGAGGUCAUUUUCAUAAAAGGCUCCUUGUCUGCAAUGCGAUUUGUGACAGCAGUACAGGAGAGGGAGCAGGGUGGAGACAAGCAGGUGGAGCAGGUGUCCCGGGAGCUCUGCAGAAGGAUCUGGACUGAGGACAAAGACAUCACUGAACCUGCAUCCUUAACUGAGGCAGCAAUGAAGGCAGGACUGUCUGAAAGGGACAUUAAAGAGGCGCUGAAGCUGUCCACCUCAAAGGAGAUCAAAGACAAACUGAAGAGUACCACACAGGAUGCUCUUGAUUAUGGGUCAUUUGGCUUCCCCAUGUUGGUGUGUCACGUCAACGGAAAGCCAGAGAUGUUUUUUGGAUCGGACAGAUUUGAGCUCAUGGCCCACUGCAUUGGGGAGAAGUGGCACGGGCCUCAGCCUGAUAAAUCUGCUGCCAAGAUGUGAGAGACAAAGCAGCCUUUUCACCCUGUUGAUGCCAAUAGCUGGAGCCUGGAGGUGGAUGCUGGGGUGGAGGUUUGGCUGACAGACCAGGCAGCAAUACUGAUGCGGAGCAGCAGCAGCAUUGACGAGGCAGGUGGAGAGCAGGGAAGUUUUUGCAGCUUUAAUAGUAAUAAUGGAGAGUGAGGGAUGACGUGUGCAUGAAUCAAUGAAGCUUGAGUCAUAUGCCUGAAGUAGCUUGCAGGGAACGCUAAACAUAAUAACUAUAUGUGUUGUUGUGUUAUAUUGUAACUAUAUUGUGUGUCUGUUGAGUGGUGCAGGAAUGAAUUAGCUCUCACAUGUUGUUCUAUGACAUUUAGUUUACCACACUCGUAAACUUUUAGGCCUUGGGUCUUAAAAAAGGCGGUCGCUAAAAGGUGGCUAAACG